AUGUCCGAUCGAAAGAAUCAAAUUCCUUAUGUUUUAGUACCGACUUUAACGGAAGAGCAAAAAAAAAAGUAUAAAUAUAGUCCUUCUGCCAUUCAUUCUAAUCCAAAGAAUCGACACGAAUCAAUUGAAGAUACUAUUAAUGAUGAUAAUUCACAAACUCAAAUCAAGGAUGUGAUUGGAGAAUAUGUUUUACAUGAAUUCGACAACAGUGCAACCGAUAUAGAAGGAAACAAAAUGAUCAUCAAAGCCAAGGAUUCUGAAAUCAAUACUACAGAUUAUAAUAAGGUGGCGAGUAAAAGCACGAUUUACAAAGCCACUAGUAAUGUUGACAAUAUAAACGAAUUUUUUGAAAAUGAAUCCAAGGAUAGUAUGAUGAGUCAAGGUGUCAAAUUGCAAUUGCAAGAGCAAGAAUAUCUAACAGACGGUGAAAUAGAAGAAAUUGUAUUAUUAUCAUCAGGCGAAGACCAAAAGGAACAUACAUUAGCCACCAUUUCGAAGGGAAUAAUGGCUGUGGAUCGUGGCAUUGAUGAAUCGAAUCUUCAUGAAUCUGAUAUGGAUGAGAUAAUGGAAAUUAAAUAUCGAAAUUCGGCGGUUCAAUAUUUGAUUAAAUAUAAAUCUUUAAGAGAACAAAAGUGGAUAAUUGCUAAUGAAAUUGAUCCAAAGGUGAAUAAAGAGCUACUUGAAAAAAAAGAUAAGAGACAGAAAGACUCGAAAAACUCAAAAGACCGCAAACGGAAGAGACAUUAUGAAAUCGAAGAUAAUGAUAGAGAUUGGAAAAAUGAAGUCGUCGAAGAUGGAAAGCUAACUAAACAUUAUAAUGAAGUUGUAAACACCAAAUGUCCGCAAAAGGUGAUUGAAUAUUAUGAAAAGCAUUUGGUAUUUAGUCCCAAAAAAUCAAAGAAAUAA